AUGGAACGGAUAUUUCAGUGGGUAUCGGGUAUACCACCUGUUACUAGGUAUUGGUCUAUAGCAAUACUUUCAGCGUCAAUAUUGACUACGUUACGAAUUGUCCUUGCUGUACAAUUAGUAUUUAUUGUUGACAAAGCUUUUAAUUCUCAACCGUGGCGACUAAUCACCUCGUUUUGUUAUUUUGAUGAUCUACUGAUUGAAUUGAUAUUAAAUGUAUGGUUUAUAAUACGUUCUUCUCGAUAUUUAGAAGAAGGGUUUAGCACAAAACUUGCAUUAUUUCCUACUAAUACCAUAAAUAAUCUCAACACUGAACAAAGAAGUUUCUUGAAGAGAAUUAUUGAUAAGAACAAGUCGAUUGAUUAUCUAUACUUUGUUUUGUUGAUAUGCGGUUCUAUUGUUGCCGCUGUUACAUAUGGCUCUAACAAAUUCGAUUUUAAGAUCCACAGAUUGGGUUCACUCUUAGACGAUAUAUUAUUGUAUAUUUGGUGUCGGAGCAACCCUAACUUAGAAGUUAACAUGUUUGGAUUCUUCACUAUACAAACGGCAUAUUUGCCUUGGUGUUAUACAAUUCUAAACUGGGUCUUACUGAAAGAUUUUUUAACCGAUUUCUUGGCCCUAAUGUCCGGAAAUAUAAGACUUAUAGCCUCUGUAUUCACCAAGCCUUUUGUAUGGAGAGUGGUAAUUUGCUACUCUUUGGGUCAUUUCUGGUGGUUUUCUAGGGACUUUUUGUUAUCUCAAUUUUAUUAUGAUCUCAACGACGAGAGAAGGCAAAUCAGGUCUGAGACGCCAAAAAGAAUUGAACAAGAGUCUAAAAUUUCUACCUAUCAUAAUAUUUCGAGACGCAUACUCACAUUAGUUUUAUUGCCUCCUUGGUAUUGGGUAAUUUUGAAAAAUAUCCGGGACAGGCAUUAG